CAAAGUCGUAAGGCCCUACAUAAAACUGAAUCAGAAGUCAGGAUCAGAUACACUUGUGUUGGCGUCUUGAGGCAAGCUCAACAUGUCUGGUGGCAACAUCAUCCUGGUGACGGGUGGCACCGGCCUGGUGGGCAAAGCCAUCCAGACACUGGUAGAGAAGGAGCUGAAGAGACCGGGCGAGACAUGGGUGUUCCUCAGCUCCAAGGAUGGCGACCUGACGGACCCGGCGGCGACGCGCGCCAUCUUCGAGCGCCACCGACCCACUCACGUCAUCCACCUGGCGGCCAUGGUCGGCGGCCUCUUCCGCAACCUGCGCUACAACUGCGACUUCCUGCGCAAGAACAUCCUGAUCAACGACAACGUGCUUGAGUCGGCGCACCAGCACGACGUGCAGAAGGUGGUGUCGUGCCUCUCCACCUGCAUCUUCCCCGACAAGACCAGCUACCCGAUCGACGAGACGAUGGUGCACAACGGGCCGCCGCACCCGUCCAACUUCGGCUACAGCCACGCCAAGCGGCUGGUGGACGUGCAGAACCGGGCGUACGCGCAGCAGCACGGCCGCCGCUUCACGUCCGUCAUCCCGACCAACGUGUUUGGGCCGCACGACAACUUCAACAUGCAGGACGGCCACGUGCUGCCCGGCCUCAUGCAUAAGGCGUACCUGGCCAAGCAGUCGGGCGAGCCGUUCGUGAUCUGGGGCACCGGCCGGCCGCUGCGUCAGUUCAUCUACUCGCUCGACCUGGCCCGCCUGAUGGUGUGGGCGCUGCGCGAGUACACUGAGGUCGACCCCAUCAUCCUCUCCGUGGACGAGUCGGACGAGGUUUCGAUACGGGACGCGGCUCAGAUGGUGCUGGACGCCAUCGGCUUCCAAGGCCAGGUGGUGCAGGACGACAGCCACGCGGACGGCCAGUACAAGAAGACGGCCAGCAACGCCAAACUGCGCCGGUACCUGCCCGACUUCCAGUUCACGCCUCUGCGCCAGGCCGUACAGGAGACGGUCGACUGGUUCGUCGCCAACUACGACACGGCACGCAAGUAGCCGGGUCGGUUCUCCCGCGCUCCGCGGGUGGAACUGUUGGACGGGCGGCGGGCGGGGCGUCGCUCGGAGUUCGCUGGGGUUCCGCGCCGGCCAAACUUACGUCCGUCCCGGCUGGCUGUGGGGUGCUGCGAUGGAACUGUGUUGUUUUGAGUCACUUGCGGUCGGUGUUGUCGGGAGGGCGCGGCGAACCUUGCAUGAGACGCGUUGGAAAACUGGUCAGCUG